GUCCUGUCAUUUCCCAUCUCCGCAUAUGCGCAUUGGCCACUUCACCGUCGUAUUACCACUUCUGUCUGGGCUGGCUACGUGCCCGUUCCAGGUUUAAGUAACCCCACGUAGCAGAGCACGACCACGCGCGUCGUAUCAUACCGAGAGAUGAGCGAAGGGUGGACGCGCAACACGCGCCAGUUCCGCGGCGAGUCCAGCGGCGGCGGCGGCAUUGGCAGCGCCAGCUACCGGGGCGGCGGCAGCGGCGGCGGCAUUGGGUCCCCGCGCUACAGCGGCGUGAACACGGGGAUCCUGGACGAGCAGGUGCUCUCGCUCGUCUUCCGCUCCAUCAACUUCGACCCGCAGGCGCUCUGCACGGCCGCCAGCGUCAGCCGCCGCCUGCGCGCCGUCGCGGAGCGCGUGCUCUGGCGCGAGCUCUGCAUCUCCCGCGCGCCGCGGAUGGUGGCGGCGCUCACGGCGUCCGCCGCGACCGGCCUCGGCCCGCCCCCGGGCCGCAUCGGCGGCGGCUGGCCGGCGCUCGCGAAGAUGCUCUCCUUCUGCUGCGGCGCGGCGGCGGGAACACCCGUCCCCGUUCCGGGCCACAUCACCAAGGUCUCGCGCUUCUCCAAGACCUCCGGCCGGAGCUUCCUGCCGCGCCGGUGCCGGGGCGACCUGCUCUACGUGUCCGACCCGUGCGAGCACGCGGUGGCGGGCGCCGCGGGCGACGACCUCGGCGCCUACCGCGGCGUCUUCCGCUGGUUCAUGCGCUCCCGGACCCGGGCGUGCCUGCUGGGCCGCCAGGCCGCGCUCGACCCGCGCGUGCGCUGCCCCUACUGCGGCGCGCGCGUCUGGAACAUGGUCGUCGCCAGGCUCGUGCCCCGCGGCGCCGCACGGCGGAUGGGAUCCGACGAGGGGCGGCUCGAGUACUACGUCUGCGUCAGCGGACACGUCCACGGCACCUGCUGGCUCGCGCACCUCACCUCCAGCGACGGCGACCACCACGCCCACGGCUCAGACGACGACGCGUCCAGCUCCGGAGACGACGGCGACGAGGACGGCCAUGCCGCGCCGUGAGCGUCGCACUGUCGCAUCUCCACCACCACGCGCUCCAUCUUUCAACGGAUCGGCAGCACAGAGAGGGCAGUGAUGUGGCUGCACCGUCAGCAGUGCAGCGCGGAGCUAGCUAGCUAGAGUGCUCGUCGGUGUAGAUCAUCAGAGGAUAGAACGGCUGCCGCUGAUUGGAUAUGGCACGCUCUUCACUCUUCUACCUUGUCGCUGACUGUGCCGUUUUUUUUUGUUGACCAUUUCUUUUUGGUGUGAUCUCACCUCGUUUUGCGGUCGCACUACUUCGCCUUUGUUUUCACUAUCUCUGUCCUCCCAUGCCCUGUUUUCCUCCCGUGCCGUUGGCACCGACAUGUAUGCAUCUUUGCUUCCCUACAACACAGUCACAGUCACUGUUAC